AUGGACGACGAUUCCAUUAUGGAUGAUGCGGUUUUCACCGAUGAUGAUAAUGGAGAUUCCGAUCCAUUCUCCCCAGUUCCUGCUCCUAAAGCGAAAGCAAAACCUGCACCAAAGAAAGCAGCGGCAACAAAGGCACCAAAGGCAACAAAAGCCCCCAAGGCCGCCCCCAAGAAACUAGUUCAAUCCACUUUGAAGACUUCCAAGACCACCUCGAAGAAACGUCCAAAGAUAGAGAGCGAUGAUGAGGAUCCCGUGUCCGAUGCAGAGUCUGUUCAUGACGAUUCGAUGCUCUCAAAUACCCCACCAAGCGCGAAAAAGCAGAAGAAGGCCCCAGCUGCGAAAAAGCCGGCUGGGAAACCCUUACAGGAUGUUGAAAACGAGGGUUUCAACAUGGACAUUGAUGGACCUCAGGAUUCGGCGCCCAAGAACAAGACCGCAACCGACCGAUACCAGAAGCUCACUCAGCUUGAGCACAUUCUGAAACGUCCGGAUACGUAUAUUGGGUCUGUGGAGCGCACCGAGCAACAGAUGUGGGUUUUCAAUUCCGAAACCUCACAGAUGGAGCUUCGAAAAGCUACAUUUGUUCCUGGCCUUUAUAAGAUCUUUGACGAGGUUUUGGUCAAUGCUGCCGAUAACAAGCAGAAUGAUAAAAAUAUGAAAAUGAUUAAGGUGGUUGUGGACCGCGAGAAGGGUGAAAUUAGUGUCGAGAACGAUGGGGCAGGUAUCCCUGUCGAGAUUCACCAGGCAAAACAGAAAGAGAAAAUUUACAUCCCGGAGAUGAUUUUCGGACAUCUCUUGACUGGAUCAAACUAUGAUGACGAUGAAGCCAAAACAACUGGUGGUCGUAAUGGUUAUGGAGCCAAGCUUUGUAAUAUUUUCAGUACCGAGUUCACAAUCGAGACUCAAGAUUCAAGCCGGGGUAAGAGAUAUAAGCAAACAUGGACCAGCAACAUGACCAACAUGGGCAAGGCAAAAAUAUCUGCAAGCAAAUCAGCCGAUUUUACCCGCGUCACUUUUACUCCCGACUACAAAAAAUUCAGAAUGGACGGCAUUGAUGAUGACUUCGAGGCCCUUGUAAAGCGCCGAGUUUAUGAUAUGGCUGGUACCGUGAAAGGGGUUAAGGUAUCUCUAAAUGGUAGCUUGAUCAAACUGGAUUUCAAGAAAUACUGUGAAAUGUACGCCAAAGCGAUUAACAGAGAGCGCGGGUUGGAGGAUGGUGCACCACCACCGGCAACUGGCACUGUUAUAAUCGAGGACCCAAAAGCCCAUGAACGCUGGGAGGUUGGAUUUGCAGUCUCCGACGGGGCCUUUCAACAAGUUUCUUUCACCAAUUCGAUUGCCACAACUUCGGGAGGUACACACGUCAAUUAUAUCGCUGACCAGAUAUGCGAUAAGCUUCUGGAGGUGGUGAAGAAGAAGAAUUCUAAGGGUGCUACGUUGAAAGCCAAUCAGAUUCGCAAUCACAUUUUUCUCUUUGUCAACGCUUCGAUCGUGAACCCUGCGUUUACUUCUCAGACGAAGGAGCAGCUCACCACCAGAAUCAAACAGUUCGGAAGCAAAUGUGUACUGACGCCACAAUUUCUGGACAAGAUUGGGAAGACUGAGGCAGUGCAGAACAUCCUAAAUUUUCAGGCGGCCAAGGCUGAUCAGCAGCUUUCUAAGAGUGAUGGCAAUAAACGGUCACGUAUGAGUAAUGCUAAGCUCGUCGACGCAAACUUGGCUGGUACGAGGCGUGGUCAUGAGUGUACCUUAAUCCUUACCGAAGGAGACUCUGCGAAAGGUCUUGCUGUCGCUGGCAGGGCUAUUUUAGAUCCUGAUAGGAUCGGCGUUUUCCCGCUGCGAGGCAAGCUUCUCAACGUUCGAGAUGCAAGUAUCGACCAGAUCACCAAGAAUGCCGAGAUUCAGAACAUCAAGCAAUUCCUCGGCUUGAAACAUAAGCAGGUCUACAACGAUACUAACGGUCUUCGGUAUGGACAUCUCAUGAUCAUGGCGGAUCAAGAUCACGAUGGAAGCCAUAUCAAGGGCCUUUUGAUCAACUUUCUCCAAGUGCAGUUCCCUAGUUUACUCAAAUUACCUGAGUUCUUCCGGGAGUUUAUCACGCCCAUUGUCAAAGUCUGGAAGGGCCCAAAUCCAAAGAAGCCUCUGAGUUCCAAAUCUUUCUUCACCUUGCCUGAAUAUGAGGGUUGGAGAGAAAGGCAUGUGGAUGAUAAAGGAUGGAAGCACAAGUAUUACAAGGGUUUGGGUACCAGUUUACCCGAGGAUGCCCAGAUUUACUUCAGCAACCUAGACCAGCAUCUCAGAGAAUUCGAGACAAUUAAGCCAGAAGAAGAGGAGAUGAUUGAUCUCGCAUUCUCGAAAAAGAAGGCCGAUGCUCGAAAGCUGUGGCUCGGGAACUUCCUCCCUGGAACCUACUUGGACCAUUCAACUAAGACUCUCACCUACGACGAUUUCGUCAAUAAGGAGCUCAUUCUCUUUAGUAUGGCGGAUAAUAUGCGAUCCAUCCCCUCUGUUAUCGAUGGCUUCAAGCCCGGACAGCGCAAGGUGAUGUAUGCCUGUUUCAAGCGUAACCUCGUCCGAGAUAUGAAGGUGGUUGAGUUGGGCGGAUAUGUUUCCGAGAAUACUGCUUAUCAUCACGGCGAAGCAUCUAUGCAUCAAACUAUCAUUGGUCUAGCUCAGAACUUUGUUGGAUCAAAUAAUAUCAAUUGCCUGGAGCCCAGUGGAAAUUUCGGUAGUAGGCUCGCAGGAGGGACUGAUGCUGCAAGCCCUCGUUAUAUCUUCACAAGAUUAUCGCCGUUUGCGAGACGCGUCUUUUCUGCCCUCGACGAGCCGAUUUAUGAACACAACAUCGAUGACGGACGGCCAAUCGAGCCUACGGUUUAUUGUCCUGUUGUGCCAAUGAUUCUAGUAAACGGCGCAGAUGGUAUUGGUACUGGUUGGAGUACGACAAUCCCUAAUUACCAUCCAGUUGAUAUCGUAAACAACCUGAAGCGCCGCAUGGGUCGGCUUGACGAUAAAGAUGUGGAAGAGCAACCAUUUCAAACAAUGAUGCCUUGGUUUCGCGGAUGGAAGGGAACACCCGAAGAAGCGGGGCCGAAUCGGUACUCUUUCAAUGGUGUCGUCAAGGAAGCUGGCAAUAGUGAAGUCGAGAUCACCGAGUUGCCUAUUCGUGUGUGGACCGACGAUUUCAAGGGCAAACUUGAAGAAAUCAUCAAAGGCGAAAAGAUCCCUUCUUUUAUUAAGGAUUACAAAGAGUACAAUGACCACAGGAGCGUACACUUCAUUGUUCAGUUGGACGAGAAGAACAUGAAGACUGUCAAGGAUGACGGACUCGCCGAAAGAUUCAAACUCAACAAGACAAUUGCUACCUCGAAUCUUGUUGCAUUCGAUGCCAGAGGUCAGAUUCGAAAGUAUGAGAAGGUUGAAGACAUCCUUGAAGAAUACUAUGUCUAUCGCUUGGAAAUGUAUACUAAACGAAAGGCAUACUGGUUGGCCAAGAUUGAUACAGAGUACCGGAGACUAAAGAACCAAGCCAGGUUUGUGAUGGAAAUAAUCGACAACAAGCUUGUAGUCUCCAAGAAGAAGAAACCUGUACUCGUCGCCGAAUUGCGAAAGCGGAACUACGAGGCAUUUCCGAAAGUGAAGGACGCGCGCAAGGCUGGCGAGACGGAUGACGUUGUAGAAAAUGAGGACGAUGUUGCUGAUGAUGAGGGUACUGGAGCUAGAGACUUUGAUUACCUGCUCGGAUUGCCAAUUUGGUCACUCACCCAAGAACGCGUUGACAAAUUGAAAGCGCAAAUGGUCGGCAAGAAAGACGAACAUGACACUUUGGAACAACUUAACGAGAAAGAUUUAUGGUGUCAAGAUCUUGAUGCAUUUAUUCACGAGUGGGAGGUACAAUUGAAGGAAGAAGCCGAGUACCAGAAGACCAUUCGUAACACCAACCGGCGAGCCUCACGAAAACUUGGCGUCGGUAAGAAUAACAAGGCUCGAAAGGGUGAUGAUGACUACAAUCCCAAACCAUCAAAAGCCGCCGCUACAAAAACGGUCAAGGUUGAGCAAAAGCCACAUCAGCGCUUUCUUAGUAUGUUUGAAAACAAGCCGAAGCCGAAGUCUAAGCCUUCUGGUCUUGGCUCGGACGGUGCUGAGGAAGACGCUGAUGAAGCUGGUGUUAUUUCGGGACUGUCAGACGAUGACUUUGACGCGCUAAGAGCUACGAAGCCUGCUCGACAAACCUCACGAGCACCUAGUGAGCAGGCCGGCCCAACGAAUGGAAGGUCCAAACGUGCCGCGGCAGCAGCGCCGAAAAAGUGGGUGAUUGAGGAUGACGAGUCAGAGAGCGAUGAUGACAAACUCCUCGGCGAUGUUGGCGAUAUGGUCAAAGGCAUCGGCGGUGGGGACUCCACGGACAAGAAGAAUGGACGUGUCUCGCUCUUUGCUAUGUCCCGGCCAGACAGUAGCCAUGGCAGAUCCACAAGCAACGAUCUCCCCAAGGUGAAACCUAAGCCUAGCAAAACUUUCGACUUAUCAGAUGCGGACGAGACGAAUUACGAGAUGCUGGCUAAAUCCUCUCCCCACAAGGCGGCUCCGGCACCGAAGGGUUCCCUUGACAGCUUCCUUUCAGAUGACUCUGACGUGCCCCCAAUACCAAAGAAGGCGCCGGCGCCAGUUGCCAAGGUCCCUGCCAAGCGAGGUGCGAAGCCGAAGGCCAAACCUGCUCUGGCUACAAAGAAGCCUGCGGAACCAAAGCCAGCAGCUCUCUCGCCAGCAGCCAAAGCAUACGCAGCCAAACAGAACAAAAUGAAACUCUCGAAUAAGGAUGAUUUUAGCGAAAACGAGGAUGAGGAUGUUGAUAUGAAUGACGAUGACUCGCCACCGCCCAAGCCAGCUGCACGCGGACGCCCUGCACGAGCUGCCGCAGUUGUCGCUAAGGCAAAGAAGCCCAUCUAUAUUGACUCCGACGAUGAUGAUGAUAUGGAUCUGGAUGGCGCUGACGAUUCUGCCAUUGUAGAAGAGGAGCAGAGCGAGGAUGAUUUUGAUGACAGCGAUUAA